UAAAACAAAAUUCCAUCGUUAAGAUGAAUCACUUUCUCUUUCUCCAUCUUCAUCCCUUCAUUUCUGUGAUUUUCUGUCAACAAAGACCCUUCAAAGAUUAACGUACAAGAUAAGAGCACAAAGUGUAAAAAAGGAAACCAAAUCUUGAUCUCUAUCAAAAGACGCCAUUUCCUAGAAUAAUGAGUUUCCUUCAAUACCCAGAUGCAGCGAACGCACCAGAGCUCCAGGUAUGGAACAAUGCGGCAUUUGACAACGGCGAAUCAGAGGAUUCAACUGGGAUUAAAUCCUCUUGGUGGACUCAAUCUCUUGAAUCUAAUUGCAGUAAAGAGAAUAUGAGCCCUGUUUUUGAGAAAUCCCCUGUUUCUCUCAAAUCUUCGGUUUCUUCAAUUUCUAUCAAGCCUCUUAACUCCAACAGCGCCAUCAUCAACGCCCAAGUGAAUCCACUGAAGCUUGCUUCAAAACCGGGUUUGGUGUCCAAGAAUGUAAAUCUUGAAGAAGAGAAAAAUCGUGAUGAGAAAAAGAUCGAUAAGGAGAUAGAAGAGAUUGAGAAGGAAAUAAGCCGCCUAUCAUCAAGACUCGAAGCGCUGAGGCUUGAAAAAGCACAGGGAAGUCUGAAGAGUAUUGAAAAGAGAGGAAGAGUUGUGCCUGCAAAAUUCAUGGUGCCAAAACAGACUGCAAAGAUGGAAGAGGCAUUGGUUUCAAGUGCAAAAACAAAUAUUAAUCGAAGGGGAGUCAGUUUAGGGCCAUCAGAGAUCUUUUCUGGAGCUAAGUCUAGGUUAUUGAAUAAGCAAGAAAUUACUCCUGUUUCUACACAGAAUCGUAGAAAAUCUUGUUUCUGGAAACUUGAAGAAAUCGAUGAAUUAAAAGCAACCAAAGAAAGAGGAAAGAGCUCAAGUGUAAGUCCAAGAUCACGCAAAACCAUGCCCAAGAUUCAAGCUCCAAAAAUGGCGGCUACUACAGUUGGGCAUAAAAAGUCAGUUAGGAAAGAUGAUGGUUUUCUUGCAUUAAUCCAACCCAAGACUCUAUUCAAAGAUGGAGAAAAAUCAGUGCCAAACAAGAAAUCAGUGAAAACUGGACGGGUUGUGCCAAGUAGGUAUAAUCAGAUUGCAAGUAACCAGUCUAAUGGGAAUUUAACUGCUAGUGAGGCUCGAAAAAGGUCUCUUCCUGAGAGUGACAAGGAAGAUGGAAAUAAGAGGCGUGCUUCGCGAGGCAAUGGAGUUAAUCAGAGAAAUGAGAGUGGAAAAGUGAAGAAGAAAUGGGAAAUCCCAAGUGAAGUAGUGAUGUAUAAAAGUGAUGAGACAGUGGAGGAAUCUCUGCCGGCACCACCUGUUUCUGUAAUGGCUGAUGUGUUACCAAAGAUCAAGACUUUUCGAUGUGUCAAUGACACUCCUAGAGACUCUGGUGCUGCAAAAAGAGUGGCUGAUUUGGUUGGGAGGAAGUCUUUCUUUUGCAGAGAAGACGAAGAGAUAGCAGAGGACUUUGUUUGCCAGGCUCUGAAUUUUGAAGAAGAAGACGAAGAAAUGUGAAGAAAUUUUAGCACUUCUUUAAUUGCGUAACGAUGAAUGUUGAACAGCCAUAACUCUUAUUAUGGGAUGUUCUGGUCUGAACGGAUUUUAAGUUGUCUAGUUAUUUGAUAUUUCUGCUAUGCAGUAAUAGAAUAAGUUUGCCUCUUGCCCGUGGUUGAUCAUAACUGUGAUUUCAGCCUUCUUGGUAAUGAGCUGUUAUCAAUUUGAGAACUUAAAUUCUGCAAUGAUAUGCUAUCACUUGUUCCAAUUUGUUGCUUUCUAUUCUGAUGUAUAACAACAGUUUUCUUAGCCACACUUUUUGGCCACUAUACAGAGUGGAAGGAAUUGUAAGCAUUUUGGUCUCA